CGUGCUCGUCACGGCUCCAGGAAGUUCCCGCAGCACACACACUCACACACAGCUAGCUGUCAAACACUGAAUCUUGGCGGAUAUCAGCUCAAAACAACGGACAGCAAAACCCGAAAAUGAACUACAGCAUCGCGCAGGACAAUGGGAUGAAACACAUUUGGAAUCUGAGCACCGAGGAUCUGUGUUUUAGCAAGAUUAACGGGAAAAAUAUGAAAGCUACACACUAGCCAACAACACAGCAAAACACAAGUUUCAGCGUUUCCUCAUUUAUUUUUGGACUCUUGAAGGAUGGAGUGGGACAAUUCUGGGACAUUUGACGAGAGUCGAGCUGCUUAACAAAGACGUUAACGAUCUUUAUAACCGUUGCGUUGUUGUGGGUUUGUUUUAUUCUGUUUGUUUACAGUUGCUCUGUUAACUUCCAGCAGAUUGCACAGUGGUUUUAAAUCCUAUCGUAGCAUUUUUGGGUGAUUUGUUUACGUGUGUUUGGUGGUACACAAGAGCUCCAGUAUGCAUGACGCAUACGAACCAGUCCCUAUCCUGGAGAAGUUACCCCUCCAGAUCGACUGUGUGGCGGCCUGGGAUGAUUGGCUCCUUGUGGGGACCAAACCAGGCCAUCUCCUUCUGUACGGGAUCAAGAAAGAUGCAGGUACAAACAGGUUUGAAGUUACAUUAGAGAAAUCCAAUAAGAACUUCUCAAAGAAGAUUCAGCAGCUUUUUGUGGUGUCACAGUACAAGAUUUUGAUUAGUCUGUUGGAGAAUAACAUCCAUGUUCACGACCUGCUCACGUUCCAGCAGAUAACGGUGCUGUCCAAAGCCAGAGGAGCCACACUGUUUGCCUGUGACCUGCAGCAGUCCAGCUCAGGCGAGGCCAAACUGCGCAUGUGUGUCGCAGUCAAGAGGAAAAUCCAGCUGUAUUACUGGAAGGACAGAGAUUUCCAUGAACUACAGGGAGAUUUCACCGCUCCAGACGUUCCCAAGUCCAUGGCGUGGUGUGAGAACUCCAUAUGUGUGGGAUUCAAGCGAGACUACUAUCUGAUCCGGAUGGACGGACGUGGCUCAGUCAAAGAACUGUUCCCCACAGGGAAACAGCUGGAACCGCUGGUGGCCCCGCUGGCUGAUGGGAAGGUGGCAGUGGGUCAGGAUGACCUCACGGUUGUCUUGAACGAAGAAGGCGUCUGCACUCAGAAAUGUGCCCUAAACUGGACAGACAUUCCUGUUGCAAUGGAGCACCAGCCGCCGUACAUCAUCGCAGUGCUGCCCCGCUAUGUGGAGAUCCGCACCCUUGAGCCCAGACUGCUGGUGCAGAGCAUAGAGCUGCAGAGACCGCGCUUCAUCACCUCCGCCGGAUCAAAUGUGGUGUACGUCGCCAGCAAUCACUUUGUUUGGCGUCUGGUGCCCAUCUCUAUAGCCAGCCAGAUACGUCAGCUGCUGCAGGACAAACAGUUUGAGCUGGCGCUUCAGCUAGCGAAAAUGAAGGAUGAUUCAGAUGCAGACAAGAGACAACAGAUCCAUCACAUUCAGAACCUGUUCGCCUUUAACUUGUUCUGUCAGAAACGCUUCGACGACUCCAUGCAGGUGUUUUCUAAGUUAGGCACAGAUCCCACUCAUGUCAUUGGCCUGUAUCCAGACCUGCUCCCCUCUGACUACCGGAAACAGCUGCACUACCCCAACCCUCUGCCCACGCUGUCUGGAGCCGAGCUGGAGAAAGCCCACCUGGCCCUCAUCGACUACCUGGCACAGAAACGCAGUCAUCUGGUGAAGCAGCUGAACGACACGGACCCCUUCGCCACCUCUCCUCUCGUGGAGGGGACCCCCACCAUCAAGAACCGCAAGAAGCUCCUUCAGAUCAUCGACACCACGCUGCUCAAGUGUUACCUCCACACCAAUGUAGCUUUAGUGUCGCCUCUCCUGCGUCUGGAGAACAACCACUGUCACAUAGAGGAGAGCGAGUAUGUGCUGAAGAAAGCCCACAAAUACAGCGAACUCAUCAUCCUCUAUGAGAAAAAAGGCCUUCAUCGGAAAGCUCUGCAGGUUCUGCUGGAUCAGUCCACCAAAGCCAACUCUCCUCUGAAGGGGCAUGAGAGGACCGUUCAGUAUCUUCAGAGACUGGGUGUGGAGAACCUGGGCAUCAUAUUCGAGUUCUCGCCGUGGGUUCUGAAGAUUUGUUCAGAAGAUGGACUGAAGAUCUUCACUGAGGACCUGACGGAGGUGGAGACUCUGCCCAGGGACAAGGUGCUGAACUUCCUGAAGGAGGGCUUCAAGGAGCUGGCCGUCCCGUACCUGGAGCACAUCAUUCACCUGUGGGACGAGACCGGGCCUGAGUUCCACAAUGUUCUGAUCCAGCUCUAUCUGGAGAAGGUGCAGGGCCUCAUGAAGGUGUACCUCAACACCCUUCCUGAAGGUGUUCCAGCUGUGGCGGCAGGAAAGGAGGCGGGAGAGCUGGGAGAGUACAGGAACAAGCUUCUGGCGUUUCUGGAAGUGUCCAGCUGCUACGAGCCAGAGGCACUCAUCAGUGAUUUCCCGUUUGACGGUCUGUUGGAGGAGAGGGCUCUUCUUCUGGGUCGGAUGGGCAAACAUGAGCAGGCUCUCUUCAUCUACGUUCACAUUCUCAAAGACACACGUAUGGCUGAAGAGUACUGCCACAGUCAUUACGAUCCAUCAGCAAACGGCAAAAAAGACGUCUAUCUGUCCCUGCUGCGCAUGUAUCUGUCUCCUCCAGACGUGCACUUCCUCGGGCCCAUUAAGAUGGAGCUAUGUGAGCCACAGCCGAACCUCCAGGCGGCCCUGAGAGUCCUUCAGCUGCACCACAGCAAACUCAACACCCCCAAAGCCAUAAACCUGCUGCCAGCGAACACACAGAUCCGAGAGAUCCAGGUGUUUCUGGAGAGUGUGCUGGAGGAGAGGGCUGGGAGGAAGCGCUUCGACCAGGUCCUGAAGAGCCUCCUACAGGCCGAGUUCCUGCGUGUGCAGGAGGAGCGUAUCUUCCACCAGCAGGUGAAGUGUGUCAUCACAGACGAGAAAACCUGCAGGGUGUGCAAGAAGAAGAUCGGAAACAGUGCCUUUGCCAGGUAUCCUAACGGCGUGGUGGUUCACUACUUCUGCUGUAAAGAUCGCGGCGUGUGUCCAGAGGAGUAGUGAUCCUGCAGACGGGAGACGCCAAACACACGAGCACAGAGAGCUCAAACAUGAACACACAGACAGCACACGCCACUCUCUCUCUCUCUCUCUCUCACUCCUUCCAGUGGAUGGCAAAGCCCACACGUCUGUCUGAAGAAAUUAAUCAACUUCCAAAGUAAAAAAAGAGACUAAAUUCAGAUUUAUUAAGUGUGUUACUUUGAAAGCUUCAUCUAAAUACACAACACAGACCACAGAAGCGCUUAUUUCCUCACUUCCCACCUUUUCUUCUUCGUGUACAGUGUACCUUUUCAUUCAUCAUGACGCUUUGUCCAGUGCCUUCAGUGGAGAGCAAAGGCCUGUGUUUGUGUGCCCCUUCAGGUGCUCAGGACUGUUAGCUUGAGAUGAAAUCAGACUCCAGAUAAAACACACACAGCGCAGGAGAAACAGCUGGAUCAGUUACACUCAGAUACUGCUGACACCCAUUUCCACAACUUAUAUACUCCCAUUUAAUCACGAGAUAUAUACUGUGAUUACCGAAUAUAGACAAAUACUGUAUCUUUUAGCAAUACGGUCAUUUACCAAAUGCAUUUACCAGUGUAAUACUGUAAUUUUACCACAAAGUUGCGAUGUGGUAUAUUACUAUAUUAUUAAAAAUACAGUAUUUUUCUGUUUUCUGAAAUAAUUCAGUUACGGUAACUGGCUUGCCAGUAUUUUACUGUUUUUCUGCUGUGGGCUGUCAGAGUGAAGGACGAAUGCUUCCUCUAGUUCCUAAGAUGACUUGUUUACGGCUAGACGUCUGUAUGUGUGUGUGUUUUAAUGAAGGCAUUGUGUAAUGCUUCGAGUGGUUUGGGUUGUAGGAGGUUUUGGAGACUCUACAAUCACUGUAGCAUGCCACUUUUUCUCUUCUGCUUUCUUGAGUGGCUUUAAUUUAUUAUUAACACGCUGUCUUUACUGUCAGGAAUGUUUCACCUAUGUGUGCAGUCGUGCCGUUCAGACGGACUGCAGUGUUUGUCUGGCUUUCUAACACUGUUGUCAGAUGCUGGUUACCUGUAAACCAUGAGCUCAACUGUUGCUCAAACAAAGGCACGGUCACUUACAUCGAACCUCUGUAACAGGCCUGAAAUGUGUUGCUGGAUGUGAUUGUACAGAUUGUACAUUAAAUCUGAGGUGGGAGACAAAUCUAAUAAACCUGCAUCUCUUACA